AGGCAAUUCCUCCUCAUAGAUCAGUCUUUCACUGGACCUAGAUAAUUAACCUCUUAUGGCCAUCUUCUGACUGAGGUAACAUUUGCUAUUAUAAGAGGCAGCACAGGAUGUGGGAACAAGACCAAGGCCUGGAAUCAUUUUGGUGAUGGUUUGGAGAUCAAGAGGAUCUGGAAAAUUGACCAUCAGUAUGGAAGCUAGCCUUCUCAAGGAAGCAUCUCAAAAGCCUAAGGCAACACCAGACAGAUCCAAGGAAAUGAGUCAAGAUCCACCUGAGCAGAACAUCGAGAGGAAAAGGAAGAAAGGAGAUGAACCUGGACAGCAUGUCACAGUAAAGAAAAGUAAAAAGCUAACAGAAUAUUUUGUAGACCCAGAAGUUGAGGAAAAAAUUGAAACAUGUCUGCCCAAGAAGAGGAAGCGAAGAAAGAAGAUCUCUGACAUUCUGCUAAGCUCAACUCCAAAACCUGCUGCCCCAGCUGAUUUACAGAAUAUGAUCGCUCAAUAUUUCAAAAAUGACCGGUCUAUAAUAGAACUCGAGGAACUGAAACUGCCAGAUUCUUGCUUUCUUCAGAGCAAUGACCUCACUCACACCCUGUCCUCCUAUCUGAAGCAGGUUUGUCCUAAGUGGAUGAAGCUGUGUAAGAAUCACACAGAGAAGAAAUCUGCACUGAUGUUGAUAGUAUGCAGCUCUGCUCUCCGAGCUCUUGAAAUGAUCAGACUGAUUGCAGCUUUUAAAGGUGACUGUAAGACUCUAAAAUUAUUUGCAAAGCAUAUAAAGGUAGAAGACCAGAUAAAAUGGCUUGCCAAGGGGGUGAUACACCUUGGUGUAGGAACACCAGGCCGGAUUAGAAGCCUCAUAGAGCAAGAUGGACUCAGUGUAUGGUCCCUGAAGUAUGUAAUCCUUGAUUGGAAUUGGCGUGAUCAGAAGCUUAGAAGAUUAAUGGAUAUUCCAGAGGUGAAACAGGAAACACUGAAGCUGCUGGAAACAAGUAUCAUCCCUGCCUGUAAAAGUGGAUCCGUAAAAGUGGGUCUCUUUUAAGACCAGUUAUUCGACACCAAAGAUCAACCCUGUUUGUUAGCUCCCUCCCAUAUUGAAGCAGACAGCACAAUGUUUUGUUAUUAUGAGUUGCAUACUUAAUGCUGAAUUUAAUAAAAUGUGUAACAUUCUUAA